AUGUGGAAAUCAGCAAUACUGUUCGCACCGGUUGCGUUAGCAGCAAUAGACAUAUCAUUUGAUUCAACAGAGUCGAUAAAAGAUGGAGCGGGAGUCAUUGCCAGAGACUUGAUGAGCAUAUACGUUGGAGACCAGUAUGGCGAAAUACCUGGGAUAUUGCCUGGUGGUCUGGAUUGCAAUCCCCAAAAUGAGGGGUCAUAUUGUUGGUGGCAGGCCGGUGCGAUGUUUGGUCAGAUGAUCAAUUAUUGGCAGUACACAGGGGACGAUCAGUAUAACGACCAAAUUAUCCAAGCGCUGUUACACCAGCGCGGCGAGAAGAACGACUUCAAUCCCCAGAACCAUUCGAGAAGCAUGGGUGUCGAUGAUCAAGCAUUUUGGGCAUUCGCUGCGCUCGACGCUGUGGAGGCCAACUUCCCUGAGUCGCCGAACGAGGAGGAUCCGUCCUGGCUUUCACUAGCACAGGGUCUGUUCAACUUCCAGACGAGUCUGUGGGAGACGCGGACAUGUGGAGGCGGCUUCCGAUGGCAGGUUGUGUCGGUGAACAAUGGUUAUAACCUGAAGAACAUGAUAUCGAACGGUGGAAACUUCCAAGUAGCGGCGCGCCUGGCGUACAUCACAGGUAAUGAAACGUAUGCUGACUGGGCCACUAUGGUGUGGGACUGGAUGGCUGAAUCGAAGAUGUUCGAGCGCGACAACGAAGGACUGCUGUAUAUCUGGGACAACCUCGAUGCAGACAACGACUGUCAGGAGCCGGUCAAGUUCAUCUGGAGUUACAACUAUGGUGUACUUCUGGCUGGAGCGGCUUACAUGUACAACUUCACCGAUGGGUCGCCAGAAUGGAAGAGUAGAAUCGAUGAGAUACUGUCGAGCUCGUUGGACCUGUACUUUGCGACCCCGCCGUCGGAUGGAAACGUGAUGAUCGAGUACUUGUGCGAGGAAAACCUUAUUUGCAACCAAGAUCAGAAAAGUUUCAAGGCUUAUCUGACCAGAUGGAUGACAGUAACUGCGAUGCUGGUGCCAGAGACGUGGGACAUCAUCAUGCCAAAGCUCAGGACCAGCGCACAAGCCGCGGCAAGGCAGUGCAAUGGUGGCGAUACCGGGACAUGGUGCAGCAUGCAGUGGUGGACUAAUAUACCGACUGGGAAGACCGGUGCUGGCGAACAGAUGGCUGCAUUGUCAGCUGUCGGCUCAACCCUCGCUCAGCCCGCGAUGGCGCCCCUGACCUUGAACACGGGCGCCACAUCUGAGAGCAGACCGAAUCCGGAACCGGAGCGAGUAAGAGUCCUCGCGCCAAUCACGACAGCAGACAGAGCUGGCGCAGCCAUCUUGACCAUUCUUGCCUGCGUAGGAUUCGUAGGUGCGAUGGUGUGGAUUGUACUAGAAUAG